CUCGCCUGGCUUUACGCUACCCUGCGGAGAUCUCAUCUAAGCGAGCUGUCUCGGUAAGAUGGAAGCCGAGGAGCCGCCAUGAUGACACCAACAACUACCGUCCCGGCGAUUCGAGUCGUCGCCAAUUCCACAAUCAGACAAUCGGCUCGGCUGCUUUUUGCGCGGACUUAUGCGACCCAGACUGGCCUUGGGGCUGCCACGACGCCAAAGCCCAAACGAAGGAGCGUCACGCCCUUUAACGAUACCGGAUUUGUUCCAUGGAGUGAAUUGUCGGCCGCUGAGAAGGCGGCGAGGGCAACCCAGCAGUCGUACAACUUUGGCAUGAUUAUAGUCGGCCUGGUCGCUACUAGCGGCGUUUUUUAUUUCCUUUGGACAGACGUCUUCUCUCCCGAGAGUAAGACAAGACAGUUCAACAGAGCUGUCGAUAAAAUUAAGAAAGAUCACAGAUGCCUUGAGCUCCUAGGCGAUGCGAACAAAAUCUCGGCCCACGGAGAUGAGACAUUCAACAAAUGGAGGAGAGCACGGCCCAUCACAUCCACCGAGAGGACGGACGGCCAGGGCAAUCAGCAUCUCAUGAUGCAUUUCUAUGUCGAGGGCCCCAAAGGGAACGGAGUAGUGCAAUGCCACAUGGUGAUACCUCGUGGUGAAAGCGAAUACGAUUACAAAUACCUAUUCGUGGACGUCAAGGGCCACGAAAGGAUCUAUCUGGAAAAUGCAGAUACUGCCAACGCGCGGGCAGGGAAGAAGCCAGUAAGCUUCUUCGGAGUCAAAUGGGGUUAAAGAAUAUAUGUGGGAUACGGCGCGUCAAGGUGUUGUUUUGCCUUGCUCUCACGUCUCACGGGAAUGGCCCUGAAAAGGCACAUCAUCAAAGGACAGCUUUUAUCGAUCCAUUUCAAAGCAGGAAUUAUGUAUAGCAUUACGCGUAUGGCGAGAUGAUUCAUCUGUCAGGAUUCAUCUACAUCUUGGACGGCGGGCUUUAGGCUCAUUGAUUCUUGUUCAGCCUAUUCUUUCCGGAACAAUCUGACUUUGUGAAAAAAAAUCUGGAUAUUGGCAGCGGCUGAACGGAGUCUAUUUCGGUAUAUUGCUUCCGGAUGCAAUGCUAUAUCGAGCUUCUCACGGCUCGUUGUCGUUUUCUUCUUACAGUUUUCCUAAAAAUACGAGUCAACUACGAUUCUCCUUUUGAAAAAAA